UUGUUCACGCUUCUUUAUAUAUUCCAAAUUAUAAAUGUCCAGGAGAAGACUCACUUCAAAACUGUCUCGAUAUUUAUAUUAAAGGUCAUACUAAUUAUCGUAAAGAUUUUGCCUAUAAAAAUGAUCUUUUAUUUGAAUUUAAUGCACGAGAAAUUCAUUAUCCGGUAGCAUUUGUCCAUCCGAUAGAUGUAUUUGAUGUUCAAAUUGCUGUUAAUUGUGGUGCAAAGUUAAAUUUUACCGUUAUUGCAAGAUCAGGUGGUCAUUCUGAUGAAAGUUAUAGUAUUGGAGAUAAAGAUUGUGCUUUAAUUAUUGACCUUAGGUACAUGAGUAAGAUUAUGAUAGAUGUGACCACACAAACUGCUAAAAUUGAAACAGGAAAUACUCUGAAUACGUUAUAUUAUAGUUUGAAUGAGCAUGUAUUUGCUUUUCCAAGUGGUGAAUGUCCUACAAUUGGUGUUGGCGGCAUUAUUUUAGGUGGUGGAGUUGGUACUACUAUGCGAAAAUUUGGAAUGUCAUCCGAUAAUAUUCUUGAUGCUCAAAUUGUUUUAGCAAACGGAACAAUAGUUAACCAUGCUAAAAAAUAUUCUGAUCUUUUCUGGGCUCUUCGGGGUGCUGGAAAUGCAGGCUAUGGUAUUGUUACUGCUUUAACUCUUAAGAUUUAUCCUAUACAGAAGAUCGUAACUAGUAUGGUUUUUACUUAUGAUUUUGAUCAGAUUCAAUUAGUAUACUCAGUGAUGAAUAAAUUAGGGAACAAUUUUCAUCAAAAUUUAUCUUUAGAGUUCAAACAUGUAAAUGAUACUCACAAAAUUUACGGGUAUUAUCUAGGCUCUUUAAAUGAAGCAAAACCUCACGUACAAAAAUUUAUUGAAUUGACUAAACCUAAAAAUGUAUCAUAUGUUGAAGGAGAUUGGUAUAAUAGAUUUUUUCUAACAAAUCUUCCGGAUAGGGUCGUCACUAAAUCUAAGAGUUUUUAUAUUGACUCACCAGGACUAUCUUAUGAAGGUGUUGAGUAUGUAAUGAAAUUUAUGAAAAAUUUCAAGUGUAGCAUUUCGAUGGUAACAUUGUUAACUGGUGGUGGAAAAGAAAACGAAAUUGGACGAAAAGAAACGGCAUUUGUUCACAGAGAUUCUAUGUAUUGGAUGAUAAUGGAAGCAACCUUAGAUAAGGAUAAUUAUGAAAUCUGUCUAAAAGAUUUUAAAAUUUUUUCUCGAAUCUUCCGAAAAAAUUAUGCUAGUUUUGAAAGUUAUCAAACGCAUAUUGAUAGAGAAUUAGAUAAUUGGCAAUGCCGAUACUAUGCUGAGAAUUUUGGAAAAUUAGUAAAAAUGAAACAAAAAUACGAUCCUAAUAAUUUAUUUAAUUUGAAUCAAAAUAUACCUACUAAUACUGAAAUUUCAUGUCAGUAA